CGUCGCUGCGGCGACACUCGCACCCGCUGCCGCCAUGACUGAGCAGAUGACCCUUCGUGGCACCCUCAAGGGCCACAAUGGCUGGGUUACCCAAAUCGCUACCACCCCGCAGUUCCCGGACAUGAUACUGUCCGCCUCUCGAGACAAGACCAUCAUCAUGUGGAAGCUGACUAGGGAUGAGACCAACUAUGGCAUCCCGCAGCGAGCUCUUCGGGGUCACUCCCACUUCGUUAGUGAUGUGGUCAUAUCUUCAGAUGGCCAGUUUGCCCUCUCAGGGUCCUGGGACGGAACCCUUCGCCUCUGGGAUCUCACAACGGGCACCACCACAAGACGAUUUGUAGGCCAUACCAAGGAUGUACUGAGUGUUGCCUUCUCCUCUGAUAACCGUCAGAUUGUCUCUGGAUCUCGAGAUAAAACCAUCAAGUUAUGGAAUACUCUGGGUGUAUGCAAAUACACUGUCCAGGAUGAGAGCCAUUCAGAGUGGGUAUCUUGUGUCCGCUUCUCGCCCAACAGCAGCAAUCCUAUCAUUGUCUCCUGUGGCUGGGACAAGCUAGUCAAGGUAUGGAAUCUGGCUAACUGCAAGCUGAAGACUAACCAUAUUGGCCACACUGGCUAUCUGAACACUGUGACAGUGUCUCCAGAUGGAUCCCUUUGUGCUUCUGGAGGCAAGGACGGGCAGGCCAUGCUAUGGGAUCUCAAUGAAGGCAAACACCUUUAUACUUUGGAUGGAGGAGACAUCAUCAAUGCUCUGUGCUUUAGCCCCAACCGCUACUGGCUCUGUGCUGCCACAGGCCCUAGCAUCAAGAUCUGGGACUUAGAAGGCAAGAUCAUUGUAGAUGAACUGAAGCAAGAAGUUAUUAGUACCAGCAGCAAGGCAGAGCCACCCCAGUGUACAUCUUUGGCCUGGUCUGCUGAUGGCCAGACCCUGUUUGCUGGCUACACAGACAACCUGGUGCGAGUGUGGCAGGUGACCAUCGGCACCCGCUAAGCAUUUUUGGCAUGACUAUGACAAUAAAUUGACUUUGACUUAUGUA